AUGGCUGGUGCUCUUAUCACUCCUGCUGGUAACGAUUCCCCGAAAGAUUAUCCCGGAAAACUUACUUGGUAUGUCUUGGUAACUUGCGUCAUCGCCGCCAUGGGUGGCCUGAUUUUUGGCUACGACAUUGGUAUCUCUGGUGGGGUGACAUCAAUGGCUCCGUUUCUUGACAAGUUUUUCCCGUCGGUGUAUCAGAAGGAAGAGCUCGAUCACUCAACCAAUCAGUACUGCAAGUUCAACAGCCAAACGCUGACCAUGUUUACAUCGUCCCUGUAUUUGGCUGCUCUUAUUGCAUCCUUCUUUGCCUCGACGAUGACCAAGAAACUGGGCCGCAAGUUUUCCAUGCUCAUGGGCGGUUGCGUCUUCUGUUGCGGUGCUCUUCUCAACGCCUUCGCUGUACACCUCGCUAUGCUCAUCAUCGGUCGAAUUUUGUUAGGUGUUGGUGUUGGUUUCGCCACUCAGUCAGUGCCACUGUUUGUAUCGGAGAUGGCUCCACACAGAUACCGCGGAGCCCUCAACGUCUGCUUCCAACUAUUCAUCACAAUCGGCAUUCUGCUUGCCGGUCUGGUCAACUACUUCACCAACAUGAUCAAGGGCGACUUGGGCUGGCGCAUCAGCUUGGGAGGCGCCGCUGUUCCAGCCGUCCUCAUGAUCUUCUCAUCUCUCUGGGUCUCCGAAACCCCAAACUCCCUCAUUGAAAGAGGCCACUUGGACAAAGCCAAGAAGCAGCUCCAGCGCAUCCGCGGAGUCGCCGACGUCCAAGCCGAGUUUAACGAUCUGGUGGAUGCGAGUGCUGCCUCAAAGGAAGUGGAACACCCAUGGAGGAAGCUCUCGAUGAGAAAGUAUAGGCCUCAGCUUUGUUUGGCUAUUUUGAUUCCGAUGUUUCAGCAACUCACCGGGAUCAAUGUGGUUAUGUUCUACGCUCCUGUGCUGUUCAAGACCAUUGGGUUUCAGAGCAACGCUUCGCUUGCAUCGGCCAUGAUCACCGGUGGUGUGAAUGUUCUUGCCACAUUUAUCUCUGUUUUUGGGACUGAUAGGUGGGGGAGGAAACCCCUGUUUCUAUGGGGAGGUGGCAUCAUGCUUGUGUUUCAGAGUGCAGUAGCAGUUCUUAUUGGCGCUAAAUUUGGAGUAACAGGAGAUGCUACCAAUUUGGGAAUGCUAUAUUCAAGCAUCCUAGUAGGUUGCAUCUGCAUGUUCGUCUCAGCUUUCGCAUUCUCAUGGGGUCCUUUGGGAUGGUUGGUGCCUAGCGAAAUCUUUCCUCUCGAGAUUCGGUCAUCCGCGCAGAGUAUCGUCGUGGCCGUGAAUAUGUUAUUCACUUUCCUCGUUGCCCAAGUCUUCCUUGCUGCUCUUUGCAUGGUCAAGUUCGGCCUAUUCAUCAUCUUUGCGGGUUUAGUGCUAAUCAUGAGCCUCUUUGUCAUCUUUUUGGUGCCGGAGACCAACAAUAUACCUAUUGAGGAAAUGUCACAAGUGUGGAGAGGGCACUGGUAUUGGAAAAAAUUUGUUGAUGAUGCAGAAUUGUCUGUUUACAGUAGUGUCAAGUUUGGAGAAGGUAGACAAGACUGUCUGUGCCCUGAUCAGGGUUCUUUCAGAUGUGUGCGACAACAUGUAAAGGAAGCACGGGAAAGAUUAAGAGAAACCAUUGGGCAUGAGAAAUUUGUGAAGUUAGGAUUUUAUGACAUGGGAGAGGAGGUAUCACGGAAAUGGACUGAAGAAGAAGAACAGAUCUUUCAUGAAGUUGUUUACUCUACCCCUGGGUUGCAUGGUAAGAAUUUCUGGGAGGAUCUCUCUGUGGUGUUCCUAAAUCGAAGGAAAAAGGAAAUCGUUAGCUAUUAUUUCAAUGUCUUUAUGCUUCGGAGACGUGCUGCUCAGAACAGAUCUAGAUUCCUGGAUAUUGACAGUGAUGAUGAUGAGUGGCACGGACCACUAGUAGUUCAAGACUCUGCAAUUGAGUCUCUUGGUGAUGGUGAAGAUGAAGAUGAAGAUGAAGAAUACAGUGAGAAAUGCAACAGUGACGAUUGUGAGGGUAGAGUUAUGAGUGAUCAUAAGGAGCGUUUGCCCAAAAAUGAUGAUGAUGGGUCGAGUGACAGGUUGAACCCUGGUUUUUUGAUGGAACCAUGUGAUGCUAAACUCUGGGAAGCCAGGUACCCAAUGAGUCCAUUUGAAGAUUUUGAUUUUGUGUCAACUGGGAACAUGAUUGAAGAGAUCUUUGGCCCAAACACUGAAACCAGUAAGUUGAGUCAUGAAGAAAAGCAUUAGAUAGUGGCUCUUCAGAUGAUCUUUACAGUUUCACAGUAAUUUAUUUUAGACAUGGCUUCGCCUUGGUGAGAGCCAAGAAUGCAAGUGGCCUGGGAACGAAAUUUUCUUGUAAAACAUAAGAGCCUUCAAUUUUCCCAUGUAAAGUUUGUUUGACUCCCCUCUGUAAUCUUUCCUUUACCUGUGUAAUGCACAAAUCUUUGAUUUGUUUGAUUA